UUUUCUCAUUAUAUGUGACUUCUCAACCAUGAGUCUUGACGAGCUGGUUUAGAGCACAGCAAGUAUGAAAAUGGUUGUAGACUGUAGUUGUUUGGAUAAUUGGCUAUUUGGUUUUUGAGCAUUUAAAAAUAUCCGUGAAGGAAGAGAACUAGUUUAUCAGUUUUUAUUCAAUUUACGCAGUUCAUGUCUAAGCUAUUGCCGCACUUGCACACAUGUUAACGAUUCUCCUUUGAAUGCAAGACUUAAGACUGACCUGCCUUUUUGAAGAUGAAACUAUAUAAAGCAGAUUCAAAUUACGUAACCUAGUUUUCGUCGCCGGUGAAAUUCUGAACCGGCGCUCGCUCUGUUGUCCAAGAUGGCCGAAGGAGAUGCAACUGCAACAGCUUCCACAAGCUCCAACCGCCAAGAAUCAUCACUCUGCCAAGAGUGUAAAUCGAACCCAUCUAAGUACAAGUGCCCCGCUUGCUCUAUCCGUUCUUGUAGCCUCAAUUGCGUCAAUGCCCACAAGCGCCGUAGUGGCUGUACUGGCAAGAGGAAGCAGACCCAAUUCGUCCCGCUUUCUCAGUUCAAUGAUAGUAUCCUUCUCUCUGAUUAUAAUUUGCUGGAGGAAGUGAAGAGGAUGGCUGAAUCAGCUCAAAGACACAGAAAAAAAUUGUGCCCUUAUACUCAUGCUUACUUUCGGUUACCAUUUCACCUUAAAAGUUUGCGCACUGCUGCUUCAAGCAGGAGAACAAAAAUCAUGUUUCUCCCCACAGGAAUGACGAAAAGGGAGAACAAUCAAACUCGAUAUGACAAGAGGGAAAAAACAAUCUUCUGGACAAUGGAAUGGCGGUUCAACUCUGCAGAUAUUGUUUUAGUUGACCAUGGGGUUAACGAGAACUCAAAGCUUUCUACCAUUCUUGAAAACCAUCUACAACCAAGUCCAUGGAAAAAUCAACUUGAAAAGUUUUGCGAGCAGCUGGAUAGCCUCAAAUUUUUUGUCCGUACAUACCCCAAGGGAGCUACGUCGCCUUUUCGUGAGCUGGACUCGAGGUUGCCCAUAAGACAGCUGUUUUCCAAUUUGGUUUUUGUGGAAUACCCUGUUAUAUAUGUUUUUCUACCCUCUCAAACUCCUAACUUUGAAGUAGUUAAAACUGCCAAUCCAAUGAGUCGUAAUCCAGAAGGUACAAAUGCCGGAAAAAAUAAUCUUGCUAGUCAUGAAGGCGUUUCCUUCAGGGUGGAAGAAAUAGAAGAUGAUGACAACUCUUGGAAUCCUCAGGUUCUUGAUCUGAUGCAAGUAUCAACUUUAAGCCCACGUUGUGAAGUCGACCCCCAAAACCUGCAUAAUGCAACACAUACUUACUCUAUAGAUUUGAUGGGGAAGCAGGAAUUUGGGAAUAGCCCCAAUUCAAGCUCCCAGGCCAAGGAGCUAGGGGUUGUGAAAGAAUUCGAGUUUGAUUUUGAGCAAGAUCUGAUAGAUGCAUACUCGAAUAUCAUGGCACAAAUCAAUCCAGAUGAUUUUCUUGAUUGGGAAGGAGACUUUUCCAAGGGAGUGGAAAUGGAAGGAAGUGGUGAACUUCUUGGGGACGCGUUCACGGUUGAAGAACUGGAGGAAGGAGAGAUCAUGGAAUAGUGAUUAGCAUUUCCAGGAAGAGUUUUUCAAGGUAAUGAUCCAUCUGCAGGAACCAAUUUUUGCUUGAAGCAGAGCUUCCGGUUCCUACUACGCUACAAGCAAAUCUUGAUACCAUUUUACUUCAUUGAUUUGCCCAUCUCUGCAAGCAAGAACCUGCAUUUUAACCCAUGCUAGAUAGAUUGGAACAUUAUGGUAUAGUCUGUUAGCUCAAUCUUGUUCCUGUUUACACUUUUUGCUAGUCUUGCUUUAAUUUAUUAUAUCAAUGAGUUGUAUGAGAACAUGUAUCUCAUAGAAUUUUAUACCUCAAUUUGUUUAACUUUAUUUCUCACAAAGUUGAUAAUCAAAAUAGGAAUAUGAUUUAUAGGAGAAAAAACUGGAGAAUGCUUAAGCGGGGGAUUUCAAAUACCUCAAAUAAUUGGAGAGUUAUUGCAUCUUCUUAGCCUUUAA